GUAAACAAAGGAGGCUCAGUAGACACGGCAGCGACCCAGCCGAGGGCCCUCUUCGCUGGAUGUUCUUGUCUCGACGAGCGCGUCCUGACCAGAGGCCGACUGUGGGGGAAAAGCCACUGCGAAGCGAAUGAAGAAACAACUGAUCUUCCACUUCACGUACAGAGGACUUUUAACCAGAGGGAAGAAGAGUAAAAGGAGAAAAUGGAGUUUAAAUUACGAAAAGCUGAACCCAAGGAUGUGCCCGAUAUAUUACGACUGGUGAAGGAACUUGCAAAAUAUGAAGAAAUGGAGCACCAGGUGACACUGACGGAGAAAGAUCUUCUGGAGGAUGGAUUUGGUGAAACUCCGUUUUAUCAUUGUUUCAUUGCUGAGAUGCAAGGAGAGCGCAGCAGCAGUGAAGAUCCGAGCGUUGUGGGGUUCGCCAUGUACUACUUCACCUAUGACCCCUGGGUGGGCAAACAGCUCUACCUGGAGGAGUUCUACGUGAUGGACAAGUACAGAGGUCAGACCCCUCACCUGGUCUCCGUUUCGCCUGAUUUUGUUUGCUGUGUGAGUAAAAGCUUUUUCUUCCCGUCUGUUCCAGGUCUCGGCAUCGGUUCGGAGAUCCUGCGACACCUCAGUGAUCUGGCGAUGAAGACGCGUUGCACCGGCAUGAUGUUCGUUGUGGCCGAAAACAACGAGCCCUCGGUCCAGUUCUACAAGCGCCGUGGCGCCGAGGACCUCUCCCAGGAGGAGGGCUGGAGGCUCUUCAGAUUCGACAAGGACAGCCUCGUCAAGAUGGCCACCCCUCCUGAGGAGUAGGGGGGGGGGGGGGGGGGGGGGGGUGUUCAGAGUUCAGCUCUAGAUAAAGUUAAUCACAUGGUUCUGUUUGUAGUUUAUUAACUGAUUUUAUCCAGAACUUUAUUAAUAAUGUUAAUAAAACGCGUUUUAACCACA